AUGCCUCUCACCGACAACCGCGCCCUGCGCAUCCUCGACCAUGCCGCCACCAACCACUACGGCGUGCCAGCAAUGUGCUGCUACAACCUCGAAGGCAUCCUCGCGACCGUCCGCGCUGCCGAGGCCAAGCGCUCCCCAGCAAUGAUUCUCCUCUUCCCAUGGGCCGUCCACUACGCCGACGGGUUGCUAGUGCACGCCGCCGCCGAAGCCGCGCGCAAGGCCUCCGUCCCCAUCACCGUCCACAUGGACCACGCGCAGACGCCCGAGAUCAUCCGGUACGCGGCAGACCUGGGCGGCUUCGACAGUAUCAUGGUCGACAUGUCGCACUACGAGAAGGCGGAGAAUCUCGCGCUGACCCGUGAGCUUGUGGAGUAUUGUCAUGCGCGGGGUAUUGCGACGGAGGCGGAGCCUGGUCGUAUUGAGGGCGGGGAGGAUGGGGUUGCGGAUACGGCGGAUUUGGAGGGGCUGUUGACGACUCCUGAAGAGAGUCAGGAGUUUGUUGAUACGGGGAUCGAUUGGCUUGCGCCGGCUUUUGGGAAUGUGCAUGGGGAGUAUGGCCCGCGGGGCAUUCAGUUGGAGUAUGAGCGGUUACAGUCGAUUAAUCAGGCUGUUGGGGGUAAAGUGCGGUUGGUGCUGCAUGGAGCGGAUCCGUUUACCAAGGAGAUUUUCCAGCAGUGUAUUGAUUGCGGCGUGUCUAAGAUCAACAUUAAUAAGGUGUUGAAUAAUGAGUAUAUCAAGGUGCAGCAGGAGAAGGCGGGCAAGGUCCCCUUGACGACGCUGCUUGAGGAGGCGACGAAUGCGAUGCAGAAGGCUGUGGAAGGAUGUUGUGAUCAGUUGGGCUCGAGUGGAAGAUACCCUUAG